GGUGGUGCCGGAGUGGAGGAGGGGCCGGAUGCAUGUCCAUUGCUCGGUUGAGUACAAGAUCGCUUUCGAUACACCUCGAGAAAAAAUGGGUAUGUGUGGGAAAAGCCGCUUUUUGCAAAACUUCAUUUAAGUCCGAAUUUCACAUUUCACUCGCCAAUCUUUAAAGCCGUUUUUCUCGAUAACUCCAAAUGGUUCGUAAGGAUCAGUUCGUUUGACGCCGUCUCAAAUGAUGUCGCUAUCUCUGAAGGAUGCAUCGGAGCUCUUGACCAAGUACACGGCCCGCGUGUCGUCGGAGAGCGCCGAUGUGGCCGCUUUUAGCCCCUGUAGACUGACUCACUCUGGAUUUGGCGCUGCCGUCGGCCGGUCGUGGCCGCUCUCUCCUACUGAGCCCUGGGUGCGUUUGGAUGUCGUCAAUCUUAGUCAGAGCAACGCGCUGCUGACCGUCAAGCCCUCGUCCUCCCAGCAGCUACAGACGCGUCGAGCACUACUCGAACUCAUCUGCCAAUUAAGUGCAACGUCGUCGUGUCGAUGGCCGGAAAGCUUCGAGUCUCUGUGGUGGUCGGCCGUGCUGCGGCCAACAGACUUCAAGGACGAGAAAUACCUGGAGACGGUGUGCGACGUCGGGCCCAAGCCGAGAUUCGCACUAUCGACAGGAAGGCCGACACUGGAGAAUGUGCAAAUGUUGUUCCAAUUCUUGCAGAUGGACCACAAAGAACUGUUAUUGGAAGAGGACUGGCAGCUUUUGAAGAGUCUGAGAGUGGCUAUAUGUACUUCGAAAAGAGAGAGGCCACGUAUUGAAAUUUGCUUUAGACUGACAAAUAACGUGGUAGAUACGUCAAUUCUUCGUAGUAUGGCGAAUGGGUUACGCGAAUAUCUGGCCGUCAAGACAAUCAAUGAGGAGGACAACGACGAAUAUCCGCGUAUCGAGUUUGAGAUCUCAGAGCUUUGGUUCCACAACUGCCGUUUCUUGAACGGAUCGGAAGACUUAAAGUUGCUGGCACAUAUAGUCACACUUCCUUCGUCAACGAUUCGCAGCUUGAUGCUACCCGGAGUGUUUUUCAAUUCACUAAGGAACCCCUCGGGGCUGCAGUGUUUCCAGUCGUUUGCUAGACAAAUAUUGGCGCCGUCUUCUCCUUUGAGAAUGUUGGACCUGACACGAGUGGGCAUUGAUACCAACUGUGUGGCGUCUCUCUGUUCUGCUCUGCGGUAUUCCUCGAGACUAACGAAGUUGUCCAUUGGCCACACGAUACGCGGUGCCCAUUCGAACUCUCGGUUGGUGUGGGCUUGGAUCUGUUUGAGUGUAUUCCACGCAGACUCAGGCUGCGAGUUGGAACACUUUGACGUUUCCGGGUUACAGCUGCACAGUGAGGUGGUGGAAGUACUCAGAACCAUGCUGUACUCGCCUCAUCCUGGCCGAAUGGUGAUGCUCUUGCAGGACGGACGUUUACCAGAUGGUGAAGGGUGUGAGGAGUGCGAGUUGCCUCCAAACGAGCGUAUAUUCGUUCGACUACUCGACAGAGCCCAGGCAUGGACCAGUCCAGGUGGUUCUGCUGCCUGGCCACAGUUGCUACCAGAAACAUUGCAGCCAAAUGCCUUCGAAUAUGAAGUGAUGGUGCGUCUUACCGACUGGCUGUGUAUUUUGAUUCCAGGAUAUGGUUUCGGUUGGGUGGUUCGAAGUGCAGUAAGGUAUGAAGUUUCAAAGCCAUCACAGGUGGGAACAAGAUCUGGAGUAGUAGCGAGGUCGGGGUUGCAGUCGUUAACGUAUCGCGGGUUGCAAGAGCAAAGUGAAGGAGUGGUGGGUCUACUGUGUCUUCUAGGAAGUUCGCUGACUUCUGUGGAUGCCCCAUUGUGCGGGCUCAACUGUCAGAAUUUGGAGGCGGUAUUGCAUGCGUGUCCGAAUCUCUCCAGCUUGAACGUGACUGGGAAUAUCAUGAGGGACUUAACACCUUUACUACGCGUAUUUGAAGAGGGCCGAUGUCGGAUAGAGAAACUGGGGAUUUUUGUGGAAUCUGUGAACGCUACUACUGCUGGUCAACUUCAAGCGUUGCUACUGCAUCCCAACUCGAAGUGUUUACAGAGUCUUCAGCUUGAGACCAUCAACUCCGGCGCCGACAGCAACAACAGCGAGAAGAUGAUUUGGACUCAAAUUGAGCGAGCUCUUGCUGCUAAUUCAAGUUUACGCUGUUUACACUUAUCGCUGCCAUCUGCGGACUCGUACGCCGCUGCAACGUCGUUGAUCAAGCCGUUGCAUGGCCAAGUCCUGCGCUACCAUACGCCGAUACGACUCAAGAUUGCAUUUCUCAGCGUCGUAGAGCACAUAUCUUCGCCAUUAUUUAUGACCGCACUAGACCACAUGGUGCUAUCCAAUGUUUUCUCGUUCGCCACCACCUCGGCAAUCCGUCGUCAAGUCAACGUGCGCCGUUGAUGGUAAACGCGUCCAGAUAUAGAAUUUGUUCGGCAGGCAACGAUGCAGCCCAGAGUAUACAACAAGUAAUAAUUCAUUGCAAAACACAUUAUGGAACUCACCAUGCAUAAAUGUCGGCAUGGGACCAGGCAGGCUACUUCGCAGCAGCCUCGAUUUACCUGAACGCUGCAUUGUGUGGCAUUGUCAAAGUGCACGUCACAAGUUCGUCAGUUGAUGAUUAUCUUUUGAUGGGAUGAGAUUCUGAUUGAGAACGCUAAGAACAGCGCUAUUGGUAGUUGAGUACAAACCCGCAGUGCUGGCAUUUAAAAAGAAAAAGCCUCCUGCUAGCGUAACACGUUAAAGAAGCGGCCAGGAUGAUGUCUCUCGGACAGCCAGAUCUCUCCGCUUGUCCAACCACA